GGAGGAGACCAUCACGCCUCGGGCUCGGGCUGGGGAGGCCGCCUUCGCGCUCGCCAGGUCUUGGGUCCUCUACGGACCCUGUCAGUUGUGGCUUCUCGGUUCCCGAAGUGCGAUCGGGGCGCGCUCGGGCGGCCCACCCAGAGUACCAUACUGGACCGCGUCCUACCCCAGAGAGCAGACGAGGUGGCGGCGAAGCCUCGGCAGUACCGCCUUGGGCCUCACGCCGAUCUCCCUGCCUGAAUAAGCCGGAUCCCAGCUCAUCCCAGGGGAGCUUUUGAAGAGGGAAGGAGACCCAGUUUAUGUUUACGAAUUUAGCCCUCUCUAGUUUCGUGGUUAGAAUAGAGCGUGCAUCCCCAGGUUCUGGCUUUUGAUUGCUAACUUCAGGGACAGGGGUCAGUACCUCACUGAGCAGCCUAUUUUCAUUUUGGAGCGGACUAAGAUCUUCCUCACAGAACUUUCAUCGUCUGGUGUUACUCAGAGGGACGUUAAGCCAUUCCCAAUUUGGAAGACGGCUGCCAUCUACCCUCUCACAUCCUUCUUUUGGGUUUAUGCUUCCAUGAUCUUACACCUGGUCCUUAGGUGGCCUUCCAUUUAAGGCCAGUCAUUCUGGUAAUUCUCUUCUGGAUUCACUCCUAUUUUCCAGAUUCUCCCAAAACUGGGUUCCUAAAAUACAUUUGUAAGUAACACAGUUCUCAAGUCAGACAGACUUGAAUUCUAAUCCAGGGCUCUGCCAACUCAAGUAUGUGACUUUGGCCUACGUUUACCUGAGCAUUCUUGUCUGCCAUCCUGUGCUAGUGCUUCAUAUUGAGCUCAUAUGGUCAGCUAACACGUCCAGAUCUUUAAUCAGUCAUCCUGUGUGUGUAUGCAAAGAAGCCUUUUCACACAGAUGCCCUUAGAGAUAAUAUGGAUCAGUCCGGAGUUCUCCUCUGGGUGAAAGCAGAACCCUUUAUAGUGGGCGCCUUGCAGGUCCCCCCUCCAUCCAAGUUCAGUCUUCACUAUCUCAGGAAGAUAUCCACCUAUGUGCGAACCCGGGCCACAGAGGGAGGUUACCCACGCCUGUCCUGGUCUACAUGGAGGCACAUUGCGUGUGGAAAGCUGCAGUUGGCUAAGGAUCUGGCAUGGCUUUACUUUGAAAUAUUUGAUAGUCUUGCAGUGAAGACACCGAAGGAGCGCUUGGAAUGGUCUGAGAUUCUGUCCAACUGCAUGUCUGAGGAUGAAGUCGAAAAGCAAAGAAAUCAGCUUUCAGUGGACACUCUACAGUUUCUGCUCUUCUUAUAUAUACAACAGUUAAACAAGGUCUCCCUGAGGACAUCUUUGAUUGGAGAAGAGUGGCCUAGUCCCAGACACAGAUCUCAGUCUCCUGACCUGACAGAAAAAUCCAGUUGUCAUAAUAAGAACUGGAAUGAUUAUAGUCACCAAGCUUUUGUCUGUGAUCAUCUGUCAGAUCUCCUUGAACUGCUUGUAGAUCCAGAACAACUCACUGCAUCAUUUCAUUCGACCCGUAGUAGUCUAGUCUCUCGAGAAGCUGUUGUAGCACUCAGCUUUCUUAUUGAAGGUACAGUGAGUGGAGCCAGGAAGAUAUAUCCACUUUAUGAACUUGCACUGUGGCAACCACUGCAUGCAGAAAGUGGCUUCUCAAAGACCUCUAAGGCCUUUUUUUUCUACAAGCUGGAAGCCUGGUUGAGAGCCUGUUUAACUGGGAAUCCAUUUGGUAUAUCUGCUUGCCUCAAGUCUGGGAAGAAAUUGGCUUGGGCUCACCAAGUUGAAGGGACGACCAAAAGAGCUAAGAUUGCUUGUAAUACUCACGUGGCCCCUAGGAUGCACCGCCUGGUGGUUAUGAGCCAGGUUUACAAGCAGACAUUGGCCAAGAGCUCAGAUACUCUGGUGGGGGCACAUGUAAAAAUUCAUCGUUGCAAUGAGACUUUUGUAUAUCUGCUGUCUCCCUUACGAUCUGUGACAAUUGAGAAGUGCAGGAAUAGCACCUUCAUCCUGGGCCCUGUACAGACUGCUCUUCAUCUCCACAGCUGUGACAAUGUUAAAGUCAUUGCUGUUUGCCAUCGUCUGUCCAUCUCUUCUACAACAGGUUGCAUCUUUCACAUUCUGACGCCUACACGCCCACUUAUUCUCUCUGGGAACCAGAGAGUAACUUUUGCCCCCUUUCAUACCCAUUACCCAAUGCUGGAGGACCACAUGGCCAGGACUGGCCUUGCUACAGUGCCUAACUAUUGGGAUAAUCCCAUGAUUGUGUGCAGAGAGAACAGCGGCACAAGUGUCUUCCGACUCUUAGCACCAUGUGAAUUCUAUGUGUUUAUUAUUCCCUUUGAAAUGGAAGGGGACACAACAGAGAUACCUGGGGGUCUUCCAUCUGCAUAUCAGAAAGCACUGGGCCAAAGAGAAAAGAAGAUACAGACCUGGCAGAAAACUGUGAAGGAGGCUCGUUUGACAAAGGAUCAAAGGAAGCAGUUCCAGGUACUUGUGGAAAACAAGUUUUAUGAGUGGUUGAUUAAUACAGGACAUCGUCAGCAGCUGGACAGUCUUGUGCCCCCUGCAGCAGGCUCCAAACAAGCAGCAGGAUAA